AUGCUUCCUCAUCUACAACUAAUUCUUCUCCUUUUAGCCUUCAUUUCCCAUGAACCUGUAGCCGUAGCACAAUCCCAAGUUGCACCAAUAACCAAACAUACGGACCUUGCUACACCACUCUAUAGCGUUCAGUUGAUGAUCACUUCAUGGGUAAACAGAGACAUCUUUUAUAAAAACCUCCUUAUAGACAUAGAUGCACCUUUCACAUGGUAUAACUGCACUGUGGACUGGAAUAGUUUGAUUUAUAACAGAAAUUGCCCCACGUGCCCUGCCCCAGUUUCUUGUCAGGAGUAUCAAUGCACGAAUGUCCGCACAUCUUCCACUUAUGAAAGCCCUUCAUGUCUUCCAGAAACCAACAGUUCGACUUUACCUGGUGGGGGAGACUGCACAUGCCCAGUCAAUGUGGUGAACCCAGUUAACGGGACAUGUGGUCAAGCCCUACUCAACUUUGACGAAUUCACGUUCAGGGGAAGUGAUGGGAAAAACCCUCUUCCAGAUUAUUUGGUUCGUAGCCAGCUUAACGCAGCAUGUGCUCCAAUAACUACGUUUGAGUCAUUCCCUGCAAAUGUUACUGGUGUAAUGGCUUUUUCCAAAUCUCCGUAUGCAUUUCCAGCUUAUCAAUUUCAACCUUUCACAAAAACAUUUGGUUUAUGUUUGCCUAGCUCUUUGUCUGCUCAUGGAGUUAUGUUCAGUGGGAGCGGACCGUAUUAUCUUCUUCCCAACUCAGAUGUCGAUCUUCGAAGUCUUCUCUCUUAUGUUCCAUUACUCAGUUAUCCUGAUUCUUUUGGUUAUUUUAUUGGUGUCAAAUCGGUUGUAGUUAAGGGAAGAUCUAUUGAUGUUUCAAAUAGCACCACGAAGCUUAGUACGAUUGAGCCUUACACCAUUCUUAGGACAGACAUUUACAAGCAACUGGUUCAUAUGAUAUCAAUCGCCACAAUGGGAAUCCUUCGUGUAAGGCAAGUGGCACCCUUUGGUCUUUGUUUAAAGAAUCAAAUUGGUCGUUCCCAUGUCAGUUUGCUGGUGUUGAGACUAAUUCAGAAUUUUUAUCCAUGCACGUUUUUAUUUAGCUUAGAAUAA